GAGCCUAAAGGGUCUCGAUGUGAGAAAGUGAGUAUCUGAGAAAACGAGAGAGGAAAAUUUCUCAAUUUCUCUCUGAAUGACCACAGGGCGACAUUCUAGAUUAUAAUUUAUUCAGCAAAUCAACUUCAUUAGGAUUAGGUCACCGCAAGAUCUUCCAAACUCGUUGGAGAAUAAAAUCACUUUCUUUUUCAUAGGUAAUGUAAGCCUUAUUAAAAACAAAAGCAAAAGAAUAGGUGGGAUUGGAAAAGGAAAAGGGAAAGAAAAUCGAGACAAAAAGUUCUUUCCAAUUAUCAAAGCAAAAAACUGCAAAAUCAUAGUCCUUACCCUUCAAUUAUUCCUGGGUUUUCCUUUUUUGGUUCAAUGCAAUUCAUAUAUUGGGAGCAUGGUUGUCUGAAAAACCCAUGUGCUUUUUGAGUUUUGGUUUAUACUCACGAGAGAUGAGAAGUUUUCGAGCGAUGGGUUUUUAUUUGUUGGUUGAGUUAGCUUUCCCUGGUUUGUCUGGGUAAACAAUAGAGUUAGAUUCUGAGUCGGGUUUCUAUUCCUUGCUCUUAUGGGUAACGUUAGUGUUAGGGAAGUUGUGGGCGACCCAUCUGGAGUUGGGAUUAGUGAAGGUGACCAGUAUAUGGAGUCUUCUUCACAGGUUGGGUUGCACGAUGGUUACCCCGCUCAUGGGGGUUCUUCUAAGCUGAUGGGACCAUCUCCUCCUCAUAGCCCCAUGGCGACCAGGUCACCCUUGAUGUUCACUCCGCAGGUUCCAGUUUCUCCCUUACAAAGACCUGACGAGAUGCAGAUCCCAAGUUAUGCAUGGAUGCAAAAUACUACCGAGUAUGAUGACAUGUUUUGUGAGCGAAGGAUACCUACCAUGAUCACAUGGAGCUAUGGUGGAAAAGAAGUAGCUGUUGAAGGAUCAUGGGAUAACUGGAAGACAAGAAAGCCCUUGCAAAGAUCAGGCAAGGAGUUCACUAUUGUAAAAGUGCUCCCAUCCGGUGUGUAUCAGUACAGGUUUAUUGUUGAUGGACAGUGGAGGUAUGCCCCUGACAUGCCAUGGGCCCAUGAUGAUAUGGGGAAUGCUUACAACAUUUUGGACUUGCAGGAUUAUGUUCCUGAGGACCUGCACAGCAUUGCUGGCUUUGAACCUCCACAGUCCCCAGAUUCAAGCUAUGACAACAACUUGCCUCUUGUUCUGGAGGAUUGUGUGAAAGAGCCACCAUUAGUUCCUGCACACCUACAAACGAUGCCACUGAAUGUUGCCUCAUCCAACAUGGAUAGCGUUCCUUUUUCAAGACCCCAACAUGUGGUGCUUAACCAUCUGUUUAUGCAGAAAGGGAAUAGUGGCCAGUCUGUGGUGGCACUUGGUUCAACACACCGAUUUCUGUCUAAGUAUGUGACAGUGGUUGUCUACAAGUCCCUAAAGAGGUACCCAGAUACUGGACAUUGAACUAUUUUUCUUUAAUGUAAAAAGUAAUUAUGAGUAGUAAGGUGUAUCCUAAUGACAAUAUAGACACAGAAAAUGACCGGCACAGCAAAAAAGAGGGAACUUAUUGUCAUAUUUACAUCUUUUUAUGCUACAUCUUGGUGACUGUUGAUGGAAUUUUGUAAUAUUUUUUUCACUUGCUCUA